AUGGAUGGGCCGGUCGGUACACUCGAGAAGGAUGAAACACUAAUUUGGCCCUCGUACACAGCAUUAAUCUUCAUUCCUUCAUUCCGGGCCGGGUCAGCCCGACACGUGCUGCCGAUGGUGCUGCACUGCACAGCCGAGCAGCAAAAAUUUAGACUGACACCGGUGGAUCUGGUCGCUUCGGAGGGCACCGAGGCGCUGUUGCGAUGCGAAAUCCACAACGCAGCCGGUUCGGUGCAGUGGACCAAGGAUGGUUUUGCGUUGGGGUUCACGCAGAGCAUACCGGGGUAUCCCAGGUACUCGGUGCUCGGUGACAGUGGCCAGGGCAUCUACAACCUGCGGAUAGUGAACGUCACGCUCGAGGAUGACGCCGAAUAUCAGUGCCAAGUGGGCCCUUACAUGCAUCACACGCUGAUCCGCGCCAAGGCAAAGCUGACCGUAAUAGCUCCGCCGGCAUCGGUUCAAAUCCAGGGCUACAGCCAACAUGCAAAGGUCGAAGUUCGGGAGGGCCAGGAGCUGUCACUCACGUGCGUCGUACCACACGCGAGACCGGCCGCCCAGAUCGUUUGGUAUCGGGCCAACGUAGAGUACAAAGCAGAUACUAUCGACACAAAGACCACAGAAACGGAAGAUCGACGGUACACCGUAACGUCCAAGCUGCGCCUGCAACCGACCGCGGAAGAUGACUACAUCGACUACACGUGCCAAGCCCGACACCCGGCAAUCCCGGAAGACCGUCCGAUGCAGGCCACCGUACAGCUGUCAGUGCUCUAUCCUCCCGGAGCACCAUACAUUGAUGGAUACGCACCGGGCGAAGCGGUGCGUAAAGGACAGCACGUUAAACUGGUGUGCCGCAGCCGGGGUGGCAACCCGCCGGCUCAGCUGAUCUGGUACAAGAACGGAAAUCAGGCCCGCAUGGCCUACCGGACGACUGAUCGACUGUCGGAAAACAUUUACUCCUUCGUAGCGGAAGCGACUGACAAUAAGGCACGCUUGCGUUGCGAAGCCAACAAUAUAAUGGCGACCAAGAUUCUUAAAGCUGAGGUUACGCUUAAUGUGUUGUUUGCUCCGACACAAGUGAUAGUUUCCGGACCAUCGGAAGCACGGAUAGGCGAUAGUGUGACCCUGCAGUGCCAGACAACGGCGUCGAACCCGGCUGCAGACAUCAAAUGGGUUGUAAAUGGAAAGCAGGUGGCAAACGCUUCGGCGAAAGUUGUUCCAAGCCCGGAAGGAGGAUGGGUUACUACCUCCAACAUAACAGCUACGGUGGAAGCCAACAAACGUUCGCUGGUUGCCAUUUGCCAUGGCGUUAAUAUGCAACUGCCCGAAAACGUGCAAUCCACUCACACCGUCAAUGUGCUACUUCCUCCUGGACCACCGAUUAUUUCCGGUUACACGGAAGGAUCCAUUUUGGCGGAGGGUACGAAGCAUAAGCUCAUGUGCAUUUCGUCGGGCGGCAAUCCAUUAGCAACGCUGGUUUGGUACAAAAACGAUAAAAAGAUCAAAUCCAUAAGCAAAACGACGGACCAGUCGGUGUCUGCCGAGCUGUCGAUAAAAGCGAACGUAACCGACAAUCAGGCUCAGUAUCGGUGUGAAGCACACAAUUCGGCCACCGAGAUUCCGCUCUUCGAGACGAAAGUUCUGACCGUGCACUUCGCUCCGGAGACGGCCAAGAUACGGAUGGAACCGGCGGAACUACGGCCCGGUAUCGAAGCAACGCUGAUAUGUGACUCCAGCUCCAGUAAUCCACCGGCAAAGUUAGCCUGGCGGCACGAAGGAACCAUUCUGGAAGGAACGAACAACUCCUCCAAGCCUGGACUGUGGGGCGGUACCGUGUCUUCGCUCGAGCUGAAGCUGAACAUCACGCAGGAUAUGGAUGGCCACGUAUACACCUGCCAAAGUACGAACGAGAUGCUGCAGCGUAGCAUCAAUGUGGCUGUCAAUUUGCCGGUGCUGUAUGAGCCCCAGUUCGCACCGCCGGACGAAACAACUGUCGGCGGGGUGGAAGGAGAGCCACUGGCCGUUGCCCUGGUCGCGACCGGUAAUCCCUCGUCCAUCGCCUACACCUGGACCAAGGACGGACAACGGAUCGCAUCGUCCGGUGUACCGAGAAUCGUCUCGGAAGGACCGAUCCUUAACAUUACCAAGCUGAAGUGCUCGGAUGCCGGCGUGUAUACGUGCGAAGCCAUCAACUCCCAAGGGUCGGCGAUGAUUAAUAUCACCCUGCAAGUCAAGUAUGCUGCGACGAUAAAAUCCAUUUCCAAACCCGUUAUCGUAAACCCGGGCGAGGACGCAAUACUAAACUGCACCGUUGACGGAAACCCAUUAACGCCGGAACACGUACGCUGGGAGCGCAACGGGUACGAUCUGAAGGCAAAAACGACCACGGCCUACGCCAACGCAACCGGUACGCUGGUGGUGAAGGAUGCGCACCGGGAGGAUGUGGGCAAUUUCCGGUGCAUCGCUGAUAAUCAUGUUGCCGAGCCGGCGAGCCGCGAUGUGCUAUUGAUUGUCAAAUUUGCACCAGAGAUAGAUAAAUCGUCCGCGAUGCUUCGGGCUGCCUCGGGCCCUGGUGAUCAGGCUCGUCUACCCUGCCGUGCACAGUCCGCCCCAGAACCCACCUUCCACUGGAUUCGGUCCGGCCAGGAACUGAGCGUCAACCGAACGUCCAAAUACCAAACCAUCCAGCGUCAGCUCGACCCCCUAACGUACGAAUCCAUCCUUCUAAUCGAGCGCAUUUCCUCGUCCGACUAUGGCGAGUACGAGUGCCGGGCGAAGAACGAUCUCGGAAGUGGUGCCGGUGUCGGCCGACUGGAUGUAAAAUCAGCCCCCGAACCACCGGCCACCUUAACCGUGCUGAACGUAACGCACGACACCGUUACGCUCGGCUGGGAGCCCGGCUUCGAUGGUGGACAUCGUGCCAGCUACCGGAUACGCUACCGGGAAGUGACCUCCGAACGGUACCGGUACGAGGAUGGUCCCCCAAACGCCCGGCAGCUUACCGUGUCUGGGUUGCGUAGCAACACGCUCUACCUCUUCUCGAUCAUGGCCGCCAACGUGCUCGGUGAGAGCCGUUACCUGCCCGAUUUGACCCGCGCCCAAACCCGAGAACCACCGCCAACCGAUACCGUCUCGUCCGUGCUCGGCAGCAAGCCACCGAUGGAAUCCUCAUCCUUUCUGGGUCCCUCGUCAACGGUCGGACCGUCCGGGUUGCUGCUGCUUGGAAUCGGGGUCGCGGCCGGCAUCUGCCUGGUCCUGCUCAAUAUCCUUCUUAUCGGAUUCUGUCUCUACCGGCGAGGACUCCCCGGCAUGAGCCCCGGUACACAUCGUGCACACCGUGGCCACAAACACAACAACGCACCGUACACCAGUGGCGUCGGUGGUGAUGGUAAUGACUCCGCAAAUCCGAACAGUAAAUCGGCCACAAUCGAAAUGUAUGCGCCCAGCUCGUACAACGACACAGUCACCGGUGAGACACUGUCGAGCGUUUCGGAGAAGAGCGAUGCUUAUUCGAACGACGGUAGUCAGCCAGAUUUUAUGGAUGAGACUCGUAAAAGGGCGGUCUCCACGUACCUUAUCGAUGGAGGUGAAAUGCAACCACCGCGGUAUCAGCAAGACAGCAACUUACCUCACUACGCUAGCAAUACUGGUACUGAAAGUGGAUAUGAUCAAUCCGUACCCACCGAUAGACUUAAUAACUCCACUAUGGAUGGUUCGUACUACCACAUGAAUAACGACCGUUUCUAUCCUCCGAUGGAUUAUCCGGGCGUUGAGUUUCCAACCUCCCCAUUACCUGUACUACCCUCCGUAGUCGGGGGAGAAAGCUCCUCCGAAACGUUGCGAAGGGUUGCCCGAACGAUGGUGCCACCGCCGGACGUAACGCAUCACACACACCACCGAACAGCCGGCCAUCUGCCCGAUGGCAGUCUAUCGUCGACGAUCCCUCUCGGCAGUCUCAGUGCCAGCAUCUCGCAAGCCGUCCAAUCGACACCGAAGCAACCGCAAGGCAUCCUGAAAGAUCCAAAGCGCAGCAAUAGUUCCGCUAGCGGAAGUCACACCUAUUCGACACUGCCACACCAGCAACAGCUGUACAGUGUACACAACCCAUCGCCCAUCCCAUCGGACCAGUACAUUGGGGGGCCAAGCAGUGGUUUCCUGGUGAUGGAACCGCACGGACACACCGUGCACGUUGGUUCCAGCUCUGGUGGUAGCUUGCUGAUGGGAGCGUACGAUCCGCCAGCCAGUUCCAGUUUGGCGUCAUAUAAUGUGUCCGUUGGGUAUACCGACUCGGAUGGACAUCUCGUUUAG